CGCGAGAGGUCCGAUCAGUGGUUGCCAAGGCAGCGAACCCAAACGUACGGACUUCUCUUCGGAUUGUCUAAAAAAAACUCGUCGAGAACAUAUAGGUUUUUGCCGUCAGGGUUUUAUCGUAAUGAGCCUGAACAACGCUUACUAUGAGGCUCUUGAAAUUAACAGGACAGCAUCUGACGCUGAAAUCAAAAAAGCGUAUCGACGUUUGGCUGUGAAGUUUCAUCCGAAAAGAAACGCUGAAGCUGGAAGCGCAGAGAAGUAUUCCCUGCUGGGUGAAGCCUACGAUGUCCUGAGCGACCCUCGUAAGAAGGCAAUCUAUGAUAAAUUUGGUGAGGAGGGCCUGAAAGCUGGCAUCCCACCUGAGUUUGGCAGUGAUGGGGCUUGGUCAUCCAAAUACACCUACCAUGGAAAUCCAGACAAAACAUUUAGACAGUUUUUUGGAGGUGACAACCCAUUUGCAGAUUUUUUCACCAAAGAUGCACCACUUCAGUUUGGUGUGCCGCAAACAAAACUGGAGAAGACGCAGGACCCCCCAAUAGAGAGAGAGCUUUAUUUGACUCUUGAGGAUCUCUUCUUGGGAUGCACCAAAAAAAUCAAGAUAUCACGCAGGGUUCUGAAUGAUGAUGGACACACAUCCUGUAUCAAAGAUAAGAUUCUGACUGUAGAUGUGAAGCCAGGAUGGCGCGAAGGCACAAGAGUCGUUUUCCCAAAAGAGGGAGAUCAAGGACCAGACAGGACUCCAGCAGAUGUAGUGCUAAUAGUGCGACAUAAAAGUCACCCUCUGUUUAUCAGACAACACAACGACCUUAUUUACAAGCUCAAGAUCUCUCUGAUGAAUGCACUGACCGACUUCUCUGUGGACAUCCCAACACUAGAUGGCAGGCUACUCAGCAUUCCUAUCAAUGACAUUGUGCAUCCAGCGUACAACAAGGUGGUGACAGGAGAAGGAAUGCCCCUAUCCCAGGAUUCUUCCCAGAGAGGAGACCUCAUCAUCACCUUUGAGAUCCAGUUUCCAGAAAAGCUUUCCUCUGACAGCAAGGGCCUGAUCAAGCAGGCUCUGAGCUCUGGCUAUGAAGAUUAGAUUCAUCUGUUAUUCUUCCUUGAUAUGCAGAUUAAUACUGUAAGAUUCUUGAAAUUAUUGCUGAUAGACAUGUGAAUGAUCCUUAUGUAAACUGCAAUAAUCACACUGAAGUCGAGCUGUUGGGAUUGGCAGCCAUCAUAGCUCGUUUCAGCUGCUCGUACGUCACAAACAUCACCACGUUCCAGGAGCCCAGGCGGAGGAACGAUGGCAUGAACCUUUUAAGUGAGAACACGAGAGCAACAUGAUUGUCUUCUUUGUAUUCAAUGUGCAUCCUUAUUAAACAUUCAGGUAAAACACAA